AUGAUACAGCACUUUGAAUCAAGUCAUUCAUCUGCUCAUCUGCUUAUUAUAAAAAUGGUCGACGACUCACUCAUCUCUCAAUUUGAGUCAUUUGGCCUGUCACCUGCCAAAUCAACGGAAUACGCCAAAUCAAAGUAUUCAACAGUGUUAUUGGAUAAUCUACACCAAUUGAACCUAAUUGAAACUCAUUUGGAUGAAAAAUUGGCAACUCUCAUCACAUCCACAAUCACAACAAACAAAGCGUACAACUCUCUCAGCCGCGAUAAGAAGCUUUACUUGAUUGAUAAGAUUAGAAUUUCUCACUUAAAGGAGUCUAAUCAGGUUAACGAGGCUGUCGACUAUCUCACCCGCAACGACUCUAUCAAUGAAACUGAUUUCAACGCUCACACUGGCGUUGGCGUUGUUGUCCCAAAGCAUCUCAUCGAGCAGAUCGCUCAAAAGUCGUUAGAUCCUGCCUCUGCUACCCUCCCUAACCCUUGGUCCACUCACGGUCUUCUCAUCAAAUCCUUAAAACAAAACAGUCAAUUGAAAUGGUCUAAUCCUCUCGAAUUGAAGGGCGUCGUCGAUUCCUUGUACACCUCCACAUACGGCACCAGAGAUGAAUGCAACAAGCGCCAAAAGGACGCAGCUAAAAACACCCAAAAGACCCCCAACAAACCGUCUCAACCUGUCUCAGAACCCUCUUCAAACAUUUUUGAACAGGGUUUCCUCGGCGCUCUCCAUAAACCAGGCGAAAACCCUCAAGUAAAGCCUGAGUUACGCGAGCAGCACUUGAAGGCUACAGGUGGUAAAGUUAUCACUCGUUUCCCUCCAGAACCUAACGGUUUCUUACACAUCGGUCACUCUAAAGCUAUCACCAUCAACUUUGGCUACGCUGAUCACUUUAAUGGCCACACUUACCUCCGCUACGACGACACAAACCCUGAAGCCGAAGAGCAAGUCUACUUUGAGUCCAUCUUGGAGACUGUCAGAUGGCUAGGCUUUGAGCCAUGGAAAAUCACCUACUCGAGUGACUACUUCCCAAAGCUGUAUGAGCUUGCAAUUGAGCUCAUCAAACGUGGUAAGGCGUAUGUCGACCAUUCGACGGGUGAGCAAAUGCAACAGCAACGUGGCGGUGAAGAGCGUGGUCCCCGUGUGCCUUCCCCAUGGCGUGAGCGUCCUAUUAGCGAAUCGCUAGACGCUUUCGAGCAAAUGCGUCUCGGUGUGUUCCAACCAGGCGAAGCUACACUGCGCAUGAAGCAGGAUUACACGGAUGGUAAUCCGCAGAUGUGGGAUCUAGUUGCAUACCGUGUACUCAAAGCGCCUCAUCACCGCACCGCCGAUGCGUGGAAGAUUUAUCCUACGUACGAUUUCACUCACUGUCUUGUCGAUUCGUUCGAACAAAUCAGUCACUCGCUCUGUACAACUGAGUUCGUUCUCAGCAGGGUAUCGUAUGAGUGGCUCUGUGAUGCGCUCGAGGUGUACAAACCUCGCCAGAGUGAGUACGGGAGGCUGAACAUGCAGGGCACGGUCAUGUCCAAGCGCAAGAUAAUGAAGUUGGUCAAAGAUGGUCAUGUCAGAGGAUGGGAUGAUGCUCGUCUCUACACCCUCAUUGGACUCAGACGUCGUGGUGUACCGCCAUCCGCCAUACUAUCUUUCGUCAAGUCGCUCGGCGUCUCUACUGCUGUUUCGUCCAUCCAGACAAGCAGGUUCGAGCAGAGUGUUCGCUCCGAUCUCGAAUCAAAAGCGCCGCGUCUGAUGGCUGUUGUCGAUCCACUAAAACUCGUCAUCGACAAUGUAGACGAGGAUUACUACUUGCAAGUGAAAAAACCAUUCCAUCCGAAAAUAUCCUCCUUCGGUGACGCUGCUAUCCCCUUCACUAAGCAUGUGUAUAUGGACAGGAGUGAUUUCAGGGUAGAUGCCGACGCCAACUACUUCCGUAUGGCGCCUGGACGCGUAGUGGGGCUAAUGAACGCGCCUUAUCCUGUCAAAUGCACUUCGUGGCGUGAGGAGAAUGGCAGAGUGACUGAAGUGCAUGCCGAGUUGCUCACACCACGCGAUGGCGAGAAAGUACCUAAACCCAAGGCUUAUAUUCAGUGGGUCGCUCAGCACGCGCCCUCUCACUCGCCAGUGCGCGUCGACGAACUGCGUAUCUUCAACCAGCUAUUCAAGAGCGAUAAUCCUGCAGCAGCACCCGAUUUGGUUGCUGAUCUUAACCCACACUCUGAGGAGAUUGUCCGUGGCGCUCUCGUCGAUAUCAGUAUCUACCAACUAGCUAAGAAUGAACUCAACCAUGCUCGUAAAUACGCUCAAGAUAGAACUGCUACUGCUAAAAAAGACGUUCAGGAUAGAGAAAUGAGCGCAGAGGAGAAACGCUCUCCUACGCCUAAACUCACCCCUGAUCAACUCAUCGGUAUGGAGUGCGUUCGCUUCCAGGCUCUCAGAGCUGGUUUCUUUGCACUUGAUAAAGACACUGUAUUGAAUGCGGCAAAUGAAGGCACUGAUAUUGCUCCACACACCAAUGACCGCAUCGUCCUUAACAGAAUCGUUUCACUCAAGGCUGCAACAUCCUAA